AUGCAGCAACCUCAGGACGGAGAGGACCUCGCCCACCAGCCCUGGUACCACGGUCCCCUGUCCCGGCAGAAGGCCGAAUUUCUUCUGGUGCACGACGGGGACUUCUUGGUGCGCGACUCUGGCUCCCGUGGUGGGGGUCACCCCGUGAUCUCCUGCCGCUGGCAGGGCUCCGUCCUGCACUUUGAGGUGUUUCGUAUCACGCUGCGCCCCCGGCCUGGCCGCCCAGCAGCCCUGUUUCAGCUAGAAGAUGAGCAGUUCCCGAGCAUGCCAGCCCUGGUCCGCAGCUACGUGGCCGGCCAGCGCCCAUUGUCCCAAGCCACGGGGGCUGUGGCUUCCAGGCCCGUGGGUCGGCAGGGGCCACUCCGGCGCAGCUUCAGCGAGGACACCCUGAAGGACAGCCCAGCUCGGCCAGAGCCACUAAGGGCCAGGAAGUGGAGCAGCAGCGAGCCUGCCAACUUGGAAUGUGCUGGUCAUUCCAGACAGGACCACCCUGGACCAGGAGCCUCUGACAGGUCGGCGUCCACCCUACCCCGGACAGGCAGCGACCCCAUGUUGCUGAAGACACCAGCUGCCCUGGGGCUUAUGGCCGACAGCCUCAGGGCUUCCGACGGGCAGCUUCACGCCAAGGCACCAAGCAAGCCCCCCCGGGUCCCCUCGCUGGCACUGCCCGAUGCCCCUUACUGUGAGCUGGUACCCCGAAUACCCAAUGCCAAGAAACAGGCCCCUGGCCAAAGAUGCCCCGAGCCGGAGCCCCGAUGGUGGGAGGCUGAGGAAGAGGAGGAGGAGGAACAAGAUGGAUGUUUUGUAAGACCCCAAGCCGAGGUGUCCUUCUGUAUCUCCGCCAAUCCCUCCUGCCUGCUGGGCCCCCGGAACCGGCCCCUGGAGCCAGAUGUCCUGCGUACUCUCCGGGGGCUGUUCCUCAAACAUCACCCCAGGAGUACUGCGCUCCACCUGCUGCUGCAGGACUGCCAGGCCACAGGCCUCCUGGGCGUGACCCGAGCUCAGCGCCGCGCCAUGGGGGUGGCCUCUGGCCUGGAGCUGCUCACGCUUCCCCACGGCCAUCACUUCAGGCUGGAGGUGUUGGAGAGGCACGAGACGCUGGCGCUGGCCGGGGCGCUGGCCGUGCUGGGUUGUACUGGACCGCUGGAGGAGCGCACAGCGGCUCUGAAGGGCCUGGUGGAGCUGGCCCUGGAGCUGCGGCCAGGGGCGGCGGGGGACCUGCCAGGGUUUGCAGCCGUCAUGAGCGCCCUGCUCAUGCCCCAGGUGGUCAGGCUGGAGCGCACGUGGCGCCAGCUGCGACGGAGCCACACCGAGGCUGCGCUGGCCUUCGAGCAGGAGCUGAAGCCGCUGAUGCGGGCCCUGGAGGAGGGCGCGGGCCCCUGCGAGCCGGGCGAGGUGGCGCUGCCGCACGUGGCGCCCGCCGUGCGCCUGCUGGAGGACGAGGAGGAGCUAGCGGGGCCGCUGGAGGAGAGCUGCGGGCGCCUGCUGCGCACCUUGCACGGGGCACGGCGGGUGGCCCGGGACGCGCCCAGGUACCGCCGGGCAGCAGCAGGGCGCCUGCGAGGAUUCCAGCCGGACCCGCAGCUGAGGGAAGCCUUCACCACCAGCUUCGUGCAGCGGCUGCUGUGGGGGAGCCGGGGCGCUAGGGCUCCGCGCAGAGAACGCCUGGACAAGUUCCAGGGGGUCCUCAGGGCCCUGUCACAGCGGCUGGAGCCGGAUGGCUGA